CUGGCUUUGUGAUUGCAUUCCAUCGCCUACACUCUCUUAUCAAAAAGUUUGCUUAAUAAAUGUAAUUCGUUUUGAAUUCUAGACGGAUAUUUUCUUCACACAUCAUGAUUUUGUAGCCUCUACUUGUGAGAGGGAAUAAAACGUUACUCACACUGGCAUAAUUUUCAGAGGACUGUUUUUACUGAUACGCAGGAAGAAAAGUUGAAAGAAAAGUUUUGUGUAGCGCGACAGCUACGUUUGUGUUUAGCUACCUAUAUUUCAUCAAACAUAUGAAUUCAUUGUAACGUAAGGAGUUCAAUGAAUUAGUUUAUUGAAUGAAUAUUAGUUUGUUGUAAAUGUUGUCAAUCGUUGUGUCAUUAACCUACUGAACGUAACUAGAGUUCAAGGCCCAGCCAGUAACGCUAACGUUAGCUGCUGCGGUUGCGACAGGAGCAGAUAGCUAGCUAGCUACCAGUCAUGGCAGACUCGAGCAACAACCACCCGAAGACCCUCAAUUUUAAUGUGGGGGUACUUGGGCAUGUCGACAGCGGGAAGACGUCGCUUGCCAGGGCGCUCAGCAGCACAGCGUCCACGGCUGCCUUUGACAAGAACCCCCAGUCCCGAGAGAGAGGCAUCACACUGGAUCUCGGCUUCUCCUCCUUCAACGUGGACCUCCCCGAGCAGCUUCGGGAGGACCCCGGGGGCCACGGCUACGACAACCUGCAGUUCACGCUGGUGGACUGUCCUGGACAUGCGUCCCUCAUUCGCACCAUUAUUGGGGGGGCUCAAAUCAUAGACUUGAUGAUGCUGGUGGUAGACGUGGUGAAGGGGGUCCAGACCCAGACAGCAGAGUGUCUGCUGAUAGGAGAGCUGACCUGCCCCCGCAUGGUGGUCAUUCUCAACAAGACUGACCUGCUGCAGCACAACAAGAGACAGACCGCCAUCGACAAGAUGACCAAGAGACUGCACAAGACACUGGAGAACACCAGAUUUAAAGACUGUCCUGUGAUUGCCUUGUCAGCAAAGCCUGGUGGUCCUGAGGCCCCUGAAACAGACGAGCCCCAUGGAGUGCCUGAGUUAAUAGAGUUGUUGAAGAGCCAGACGUACCUCCCUCACAGAGAUCCGGGGGGAGCUCUGCUGAUGGCUGUGGACCACUGCUUCUCCAUCCGUGGUCAGGGCACAGUCAUGACUGGAACCAUCCUACAGGGGGCGCUGGCUGUCAACGACACUGUGGAGAUCCCUGCGCUCAAGGUGACCAAGAAAGUGAAGUCAGUUCAGAUGUUCCGGCGGCCGGUGGCCGGGGCCAUGCAGGGUGACCGGGUGGGCGUGUGUGUGACCCAGUUUGACCCUAAACUGCUCGAACGGGGGGUGGUGUGUACCCCUGGUUCCCUACACACCCUCCACGCAGCCCUCAUCUCUGUCAGAAAGAUUGGCUACUUCAAGGGUUCCCUGGCCACCCGUGCCAAGUUCCACAUCACCGUGGGACAUGAGACUGUCAUGGCCAGGGUCACCUUCUUCGACCCCCACGCCUCUGAGCCAGACCUUAGACCCCUGGACACACCCUUCUCUUUGACCGGGAGUACUUCCACCAGGAUGAGUAUGUGAUUGGCCAACGGGAGGCCGGCGGGGCGGACAAGACCCGGAGCAGUGGCGCUGCUGGAGUUUGAGCGUCCGGUUACAUGUCCCACUCUCUGCCUGGGGAUUGGCUCCAAGCUGGACACAGACAUUCACGCCAACGCGUGCCGACUGGCGUUCCAGGGUCUGCUGGAGGGUUUUGAGGAGAAGAGCUACUCUGAGACUACACUACCCAGACUACGUAUCUACAAGACCAAACACAAGGGACAGGUGGAGAGGGUGACAGACGACUACACUGUGAUUGGCCGAAAUCUCUUCAAGAAGGAGACCAACCUGCAGUUGUUUGUGGGGUUAAAGGUCACGCUGUCGACCGGCGAGGCGGGGAUCAUCGAGGGCGGCUUCGGACAGAGCGGGAAGUUUAAGAUCCGGGUGCCAGAGGGUCUCAGUCUAGAGACUAAGCAGCUCCUCUCCUCCUCUGCCAAGAAGAGAGUUAAGGGUGGGGCUAAGAGGGAACCAGCCAAAGAGGAUGAUGCCAAGACAGACUCUCAGCCAAUCUGCAUCAACCUCCGAUUCAAGAGAUACGUCUUUGACCCCCACAAGAAGAUGGUUCAGAUCUAACUUCUGCAGCAGCUAUAGGAUGAGACCUGUGAUGUAGUGUAAAAAAAUAUAUAUAUAUAUGGUGCGUAAAAGCUGAUCUCUGUUCAUGGGGAAAGUAUUGCUUACUAUAUUUUCAAUGCAUUUUUCUGUGAUCAUCGCAGCGGUCUAAGGCACUGCAUCUCAGUGCAAGAAGCGUCACUACAGU